AUGUUCUCAUCAUUGUUCUCAAUAAUUAUUCUUGGCGGAGUGAUCGUACAAGAUGCAUACAGCUGGGGUCUAGUUGGACACAGUCUCGUUGCUCGUCUAGCUCAAAGUCAAUUGACUAAUGAAGCGUCUGACUGGGUUAAAUCUCUUGUUCCUUGGUAUUUAUCAGGUAAUUUGACUGCUGUAGCAAUAUGGGCUGACGAUAUUCUCUAUCCGAAUACAAAUCCGUUUGGUCAUCCAAAUUGGCAGUGGAGUCGACCACUACACUACAUCAAUACACCAACUUGGAUUUGUAACUAUGAUGCAUCGAGAGAUUGUGUCAAUGAUACUUGCGUUGAAGGUGCAUUGAGGAACUAUUCGAAACGUGCCAUUGAUGCUGAACUUGACGAUGUUCAACAUCAAGAAGCACUCAUGUUUCUUGUUCACUAUGUUGGUGAUGUUCAUCAACCGUUGCAUGUUGGUUUCAAAACACAUCUUGGAGGCAAUACUGUUAGAGGUAAAUUUUCAUUGCUGAAUUCAAAACAAAAUAGUCGAAGUUCUAAAUUUUGUAAUUAG